AUGACUUCUAUUCCUUCGUUGAUGUCUGAAAUUGGUUGCAAGGAUCAUGCUUCCUUAGUAAACAUUGCUAAGUUAGCAGAACAAGCUGAGCGCUUUGAUGAAAUGGCACUUGCAAUGAAGACAAUUGCUGAACUGGGAAUCGAACUCAACAACGAGGAACGAAACCUACUUUCCGUAGCUUACAAAAAUGUGGUCGGAGCCAAACGUUCAUCUUGGAGAGUUAUUUCAAGCAUCGCUAAGAAGCAGGCUGGAACUCCUCUUGUUGAUCAAGCCCAUCUUUACCUUAAAAAAGUUGAGGAGGAGCUGACGGAGGUCUGCAAUGAGGUGUUGGGUUUGCUCUCAAAAAAUCUGAUUAAGGAUGAAAUUGGGGAUGAGGCAAAAAUUUUUUACUAUAAGAUGAUGGGUGAUUAUUAUCGCUAUCUUGCGGAAGUUCAGGAAGGUGAAUUGAACGAAAAAUCGACGGAAGAAGCCGAGAAGGCCUACACCACAGCAACGAAGCUCGCAAAAGCAUCGCUGGCCGUGACGCAUCCUAUUCGACUCGGAUUAGCUCUUAACUUCUCUGUAUUUUAUUAUGAAAUUAAGAACGAGCCUGAGAAUGCUUGCAAGCUCGCCAAAAAUACCUUUGAUGAAGCCAUUGCCGAAGUUGAAAAGAUUAGGGACGAGACCUACAAGGAUAGCACGCUCAUCAUGCAGCUUCUUAGGGACAACCUGACGCUGUGGACCUCCGAAUGUGAACCAGACACCUAA